AUGUUUUGCACAUUUAUGGAGAUAUCUGGUUUGUGCACAAAUCUUAGACAAAUGGCGGGAGCUCUUCGUUCCUAUUCAACCGAAAUUCGUCAGCAAGAACCGAUAAUUGUGUUUGUGGAUCAAAAGAAUUGCUCAUAUUCUUACCUUUCUUUUUGUUUACAGGAUCAGUUAGCGAAAACUAAAUUGGAUGUAAAAAAAGCUUCUUUAGAAGAAGUACUUGAGAAACGUGCGAAUCCGGUGAAAAGGGAAGAAGUUACCAACAAAGAUACUUGUAAAGGGCUUGUAGAAUUAAAAGCAAUGGAAUGCCCGCAGCUUCUCAAAAAAGAUCUCAAAGAGCUAUUUAAAGGAGUGAGACUAAGUACUAAUGUUUGCGUUUUGAAUUUGACUCAGAAAACUGAGCACGAUAUGUCAGCAUGGAGUAUGGGUAUGGAACUGGAAAGAUUACAGCUCACGGCAGGGGCUAGUCUUACUCGUUUUCAGUUCAUUGAAGCGGCAUUGAGGAUAUGUGAAAUACUUCGAAAAUAUGGCUAUUGGGCAGACUUCAUUGAUCCAUCUUCUGGCAAACCAUAUUUGAGUAAAUCUACAAGAGGAACUUUGCCUGCUAAUGACGAACGCUAUCGCACGUUAGGAUUUCGAGUUACAGAUUUCGGAUGUUGUAAAGUCCUCGAACAUGGCUCCUGGGGAACACAUGCUUUUGUUGGCACUAUAUUUACCGAUGCCCCUCUUCAUUCAGCCGCUUUAACUGAGAUACUCGCAGUAGAUAAAGACUGA